AUGUUUGAGCACCCAACGACAAAGGAGUCGAUGGAGGGCCGAGUGGUGAUCGAGGACGUCAAAGCAGAGGUGCUUCAGCUGCUGCUCGCCUUUCUCUACACCGGUGCAGUUGAUUUUAAAGGUGAGAAUUUGACGGUGGAACUGCUGGCAGCUGCUGACAAGUACCAGGUGGACAGUUUGAAGGCGAUCUGCGCGGAACGCAUUGCAGCCGGACUCACCGUUCAGACAAUGUUUCCCACCUUGCUCAUCGCCGACCUGUACAGCUCACCGGAGCUAAAGUCAAGAGCGAUGGACUUUAUUGCGCA